AUGGCAACUGUACACCGUGAAGCUUUUCAGAAACAAAUUCAACAAGACUGGGCAAAUCGUGAAUACAUUGAAGUUAUUACUGGGAGUAUUAAAAAAAUUACAGACUUUCUCAAUUCAUUUGAUAUGUCAUGUAGGUCGCGUCUCGCUGUUUUAAAUGAAAAACUCACUACUUUGGAGCGUAGAAUCGAGUAUCUUGAAGCUUGCGUAAGUAUUUGCGUUUAA